AUGGCAGCUGUCACACGUCAGCCGUUUGCGCCCCUUGACGGGACACGACUGCAGAGCUUGACAAGCGCCAGGAACCAGCAAGCUUCACUGUCAUCUCCUGGAAAGCGCAAGGUCGCUGACUUUCUCAACAUCGAUGAUUUCGAGAAUGUCGACCCUGCACUCCUGUUCUCUAAAAGGUCGAAGGCCAGCUCGUCCGAUAGCUCCAGCAAAAACUUCUUCAAGCCACCCUCACUCAUCAUCACCAAGUCCUCUUCCACCCCGGCAUUACCCAGCGGCAAGGAUGGGAUCUCUGCUUCAGUCUUCAGCAGUCCUCUCAAGGGCGCAUCGCCACGUCCGCGGUCCAUUCUGAACCCAAAGUCACCGGCCAAGAAGCUCAGCAGUCUCUCUCGCGGCUCAAUCACCCCGAUGUCCGCACCAGCAGGCCGCUCCCCAACCCGAGGUAACAAGCGGAUCGGUAUCCUCAACAGACGGCGAACAGAGACUUUUACUCGAAUCGAUCCACCGACAUUCAGCCUCUCGUCGACACCAUUCUCGCUCGAGGCUGCCAUCAAGGGUACAGUGCCAAGCUAUGCCGCGAAGACGCCAUCCUCCACCAAGGCCGGUUCCUCUGCAUCGUCGUCCCUGUCACUGUCGAAUUCAGAAGAUUUCUAUGGCUCGAAUUUGAAAUCUUCGUGGGAAUUCGAUAUUCAUGAGGACACCCCCGAGCAGGAAAUGACCAACCUCCUGCAGCACAGCACAUGUCGGCUUGAUAUCAGCAGCGACGAGGAGUGCGAGCGGAAGUUGGGCCGGGAGAAGGCCGAGGACCGGGGCAAGGAGAACGUCCCGCCUGCUGAUGAUGUUUCUCAAACCUCGGCCCGGAGAGCGACCACAAUGAGCGAGGGCGGAAUGGAGUACGAGAAACCCCGCACAGCUCUCGGUGACCUGAAUGUAGAAGACUUCUACGCCGAGGGCUGCGAUCUUACGUCAGUGUUCAUUGUCCCAGAGGACGAGGAUGACGGCACAGUCGUGGAUGGGGAACAGCCGGAGAAGCCCCAGGAUGAGGCACGCGCCGUGCUACACGAUGGCGCUACCUCAGAGUUGAGCCUCGAAAUCAAGGCCGACGCUGAGGCAACGCCCGAGCCAGAGGAACCCGAGGAGCAUGUGAAACUGGCGACUCUUCAGCCUGUAGAGGGCACAGGCGAGAGCUUCGACCUAUGGGAGAGCUCAAGUGCCAAGGAGGAGGGAGACGGCGCGCCGAGCCCGAUGCCCGCUUCUCCUGCUUCAGAAACGGGCGAGGACUUUGGUGAUGAGGGUUGA